AUGAACCGGAUGAAGCCGCGGCCGAGCCAGACUGCCGCCAAGGGCCGGACUGACCUGCUCCUGCGCCUCUUUGACUCGCAGUUCUUCGACGCAUGGCUGGCGCUAACGUACAUCUACCGGCGGGAAACCAGCGCGGGCGUGCAGGACUACCUGUGCAACAAGCUGCACGACCUGCCGGAGCACGACCUGGAGCGCUACCUAUCGCAGUUCUGCCAGCUGAUCGCCUGCAAGCCGGGGGGGUCGCUGGAGCGUGUGCUGGUAGACCUGUGCUCCAGGUCCCUGCGGCUGGCGGUGAAGGUCUUCUGGUUGUUCAAGGCCAUCUCCCAGGAUCCGAAGUACAAGCACGUGGCCGAAGUGCUGGACAAGUGCGAGAAGGCCGCGCUCAAUGGCUCGUGGGAGUUGCCGUUCAAGGACCCAGCACUGCAGCCACUCAGCCCAAAUUCUGAGGACAUUUCGUCAGGUGGCGCUCUUUUCUCACACGCGUUGUCUGCGAGAAGCCAUGGGAAGCUUUCACAAGACGGUCUGGAUGAUUUCCAUGGCUCGGGGGCCAACUCGUCACCAUAUCGGGAAAGUUCACCAGAAACCCCAAGGCCCUUUUCGCCCAUGGGCGGGGGCAGUCCAAGCCUCUGCUCCAGUAUCGACAUGGGCCAGGGGUUAGAGGGUCUCAUUGGGUCAAGCAACCCUUAUUUGAAAGGUUUGGUGUCAGAGUGCAUGGAGGCGGAGAGGCUGCCCUCGCAGGAGCUGAGUGUAGACACAGAUAUGAGCAGUUCUGCCAACUUUGAGCGCUGCAGGAUGCUGAGGCAGGAACUUGGUGAAGGGGAAGGCGUGACGGCACUGUUGGAGAAGAGUUGUAAGAAUGCUGCUCAGUGUGGCUCUGGGCUUGUCAUCGCCACGGAAGAUGAGGUUCUUGAUGAACCACCAUCGUCUCCACGUCUUCGACAGACUACUUUUGGGGCUACACUGGACUUCAUUGAUGCGCUGUGCGAUGCUUCAUCAGGCCUUGUUCACAUUGCACAGGAGGCACGGCUUAAGGCUCUUUGCCGGGGUCUGUGUGACAUAAACAAUGAAAUUGACUACUGCAGUCGCAACAGUGUUGCAGUGUAUUUCCCCAUGUGCGAGAAGAACGAGCGAAUCGUUAGGCUGGUGCCAAACGAAGUUGUGCUGCUGAAUUCAAGGGAGAAGGCCCCGUUCCUCCUCCUCAUCGAGGUCCUGCAGACAGACAAGGAUGGUGAAAGGACCGAAGCUGAUGAGGUGGAUGGGGAGUUGUCCGAUCAGUAUGCAGACAGUGCACACAGCUUGAUGGCGAGGACUGAAAGCCAUAUUCAAGCAGGCCCUGGGCCAGGCUCAAAGCCUCCCAUGGGUCCUGUCCGUGCAGUGGCCACCAGGGAUGCAGAUGCUCCUGGGAGCAGUGCAGCCCGGGGCAUGCCACCGAUGUGCACAGGUCGAUCGCUGUCAGAAAGCAGUGCAAGUAGGGACAGUUUGGGGGACCACAGAGCAGCAACUGGCAGAAAGGGACUGCCCAGGCUUCAGGGGUCUGUGCUGGGCAACAGCAGUGCUGGCACUGUCCCAGCGGACCUUAUGUUGACCCCCAAAAAUUCGUUUACCAGGCGCCUUGACAGGGCGAUGACCUCGUUGAGGGGCGAUGGGCCCCUUGUGCGAGUCAAGGUAAAGGUUAUGGAAAAUGCAGAUGAGGUGUUAAGGGCUGCGGCGGAGCGGCAGCAGACAGACAGUGAAGAACAGUGGACUGCACUGGGUGGUGUGGCUGGCAGUGAGGUGGAGGGCUCUGCAUCUGGGUCCCUGUCCAGCUCCAAGACACUAUCUCUGCUAUCUCGCAUCGGGCUCUGCCGCACACCUUGCUUGGACCUGGGAAUUGGUGAGGAAUGGUACUCGCUAUCACGCAGCAAGAAGGAUGAAGACAAGGUGGUGACCGUCAAUCUUGAGGUGGUCGGUGGCUUGAACCUGCACAUCCCGCCCCCCUCGAAACGAAACAGACGGGUGCCGUCUCAGGAAGCGAUCGAGCUCGUGGCUGACAAGUGCAAGGUUGACAGCAUACCUCCCCCAGCUUUAUCAGGGCCACUUGCAUUCAACCCUUAUGACACCCGAAGCUGGUCUGAAGCAUCGGUGGCGACUGGCAUUGAGAUGACUGCAGAGGAAAAGCAAGCACUGAAGCGGCAAAAGCGGGCAAAAGAGGUUUAUGGCCAGAGAUGGGUUGACAAGGUUGCAGCUGUGCGAAGGCAGUCACCUCAUGGCAGGCGUAAGGGUUGGCAGUUGAGAUGUGUCAUCGUGAAGUCUGGAGACGACUGCAGACAGGAGCUGAUGGCUGUUCAGUUGAUCAGGGUGUUCCAGGACAUCUUCCAUGAGGCCAAGCUACCACUUUGGCUCCGGCCUUAUGAUGUGCUGGUGACCUCGAACCGGACAGCUCUGAUCGAGUUCAUUCCUGAUGCAUUGUCAAUCCACUCCAUCAAGCAUCGCUCGAGGCCUGGCACUUCCCUCAGCCAGCACUUCUUUGACAAGUUCCGAAAGGGCACGCCAGAGUGCGCUGCUGCGCAGCGGAAUUUUGUGGAGAGCAUGGCAGCCUACAGCCUCUAUUGCUACUUGCUGCAAGUGAAGGACCGUCACAACAGUAAUUUGAUGCUGGACGAUGAUGGCCACAUCAUCCAUAUCGAUUUUGGAUUCAUGUUGUCCAAUUCUCCAGGCGGUGUCAACUUUGAGGCUGCACCGUUUAAGUUGACACGCGAGUUUUUGGAGGUCAUGGACUCCAAUUCCGAGGGCAAGGCCAGCGAACUCUUUGAUUAUUUCAAGGUGCUGUGCAUCAAGGGGUUUUUGGCAUGCCGGAAGCACUCGGACCGCAUUAUUUUGCUUUGUGAAAUGAUGUUGAAAGCUGGCUUCCCAUGCUUCAAGACUGGAGAGAGGGCGCUCAAGGCGUUGAACAAGCGGUUUCAUCUCAAUUACCCCGAAGAGCAGUGCGUCCAGGUGGUGCUGGGCCUCAUCAGCGACAGCCUGGAUUCGUGGAGGACCAGGCAGUACGACUACUACCAGCGCGUCCUGAACGGCAUAUUAUGA